CAUGAGCUAGCGAAUUCACUUGGGUCCAGUUCGUUCAAAACGAACGCAUACCAAGCUACCAUCAUCGAUUAGCCAAGCUGCCAGUAACUAUCCUUUUUCUCGGUCGGUUCUGACCACUUGUUUCCUUUCAUUAAGAAGUCAAAUCUGUGUGUAGUCUGAAAACUUUAUUUUUGCGUCGGUCCGUCGGCGGCGGCAAAUGACGGAAACGUGGUUCACUCGGGCGGUGGAUUUCUGGCACGAAUGGGCGAUCCGGGUUGCGGCCAGUUCAAGCCUGGUCGCCCAUGUCGUCCUCGCCCUCCUCGCCGGGAGCCGUCGGCGCAAUUGGUGUCCCGGCUGGAGGCUCGUCCUGUGGGUGGCGUACCAGAUCGUGGACAUUGCCGGAACCUACGCCCUCAGCAACCUCUCGAUCGACACCACCGGCGACAAAGCGGCGGUCGAGCGCGAGCAGCUGCUGGUUGCGUUCUGGACGCCGUUCCUCCUGCUGCAUAUGGGUGGCCCGGACAACAUCGGCGCCUACUCCCUCGAAGACGACAAGCUCUCCUUGCGCAAAGUGUUCGGGACCGUCUCCCAGGUCCUGGGUGCCUUGUAUGUCGUCUACACCAACAUAUACCUUGGCGACAGCUGGCUCCUGCGCGCGGCAACCAUCAUCAUGAUCACCGUCGGUAUUCCCAGAUUCUUCGAGAAGGCGCUCGCGCUUUUGGGAGGCGACUUUGGCAAGAUCCGGGGCUCAAGUAACAAGAAGCAUCCGUCCCCUGCGGUCUUGUUUAGCAUAGGGGAACAGGAGCUUGACAACGAACACGCACUGCUGUGUGCUCAGAUCAUGUUCCUAUAUUGCGGCAGGCGCACCAUGGCUGAUUCCUCCGACGAGAAACACAACCUUGAGGUCAGCCGGAAGAUCCUGUCCUUGGGAUGGAAGGACAUGUGCAAGGUGGUCGAGUUGGAGGCCUCCCUCAUAUACGACGUCCUAUACACCAAAGCAGCCAAGGUCCACACCUGGGGAGGCUACCUGCUCCGCCUCAUCUCGCCGCUCGCCACCGCCACCGCCGCCUUCCUGUUCUGGCUCUACCCAAAGGUUUCUGUGGAGCCAGUUGACGUUAUCAUCACUUACAUCUUGCUUGUCGCUGCAUUCAUGCUGGAUGUGGUCUGGCUGGUGACGGCCCUGGGGUCGACCUGGGCGUACGCAUUCCUGACUGCUAGGCCAAGGGUUUGGCUUCACCAUAAGGUUCUGUGCGGUGGCUGGUGGUGCUGGUUCCGCCACAUCGCUGUGUCUCUGCAUCCGUGGCGGCUUCUUGGCAAGGAUCCAAGCAGCUACAGGAUGUGGUCGGGCGCCAUUGGGCGGUACGACUUGCUGUACGAGUGCACCCGUGCUCCUGGUUGUACAGCGAGUCUAUGCAGCUGGCUGGCGACCAAGGUGGGACAGGAGGACACAUGGAACGAAUGCCGCUUCUGGAAGUAUUUAUCUGAGAUUCCGCAAGAUGUGAAGGAGUUGCUGUUCGAACGGAUAAAGCGAAGACUGUCCGACACAACUGAUGGGAAUGCCACUGCCUACCCCAGGAAGGACAUCAGGGCGCUCUGGGGCCAAGAGGCGGUCAAGAGAUGCAAGAAGAAAUUCGGCGGCCUCAAGCUGCCUUCCUUCGGCCGCGAAUUCCAGGAAGACAUCCUCUUAUGGCACAUCGCAACCACCAUUUACCUCUGGUCCGGCAACCACCAACUCAUCAGGGGUGCAAAUGCAUCGACGAUGCAGCGGAACCAUGUCAAGGCAAUCGAGGCGGUGUCAGAGUACCUGAUGUUCCUCCUUGCUGCACGCCCACACAUGCUGCCAGACUGUGCCCUCCGCAGGCUGUACGAGGUUACCUGCCAAGUAUUGGAAGAGGAAUGGGUUAAGGGUAAGGAAAAUAGUUCCUGUUGUGCAUCAAGAAAGAAGAAGUUUGCUGAGAUCCUGUGCAACAAAGAGGAGUCCGGGGACCCAGAUUCGGACCCUAAUAGACGUCUUAUCUCGGAAGCAACUCGACUUGCCAUUGCGCUACAACAAGUGGACUCAAUGAAAGUGAAGGAUUUAGUGGAACUCAUCUUCGAUGUGUGGGUGGAUAAGCUGCUCUAUGCGGGCAUCCAAUGCAGCAGGGAGUCCCAUGCCAAGCAGCUCAGUCGGGGUGGUGAGCUCAUAACCAUCGUGUGGAUCGUGGCAGAGCACGCUGGUCUGUUUUGCAUCGGGGAACCCUACAACGAAAUUAUCGAUGAUGGUUCUUCUCCCGACUGCUCGCCCACGAACCCUCGCGUGCGCACUGGGAGCGGGACUGAGCGUGUGUGCGUGUGUGUGUGCGCGGGGGUGUGUGUGUGCGCUCUUCGUGCCCGCUCUCAGGCCGCCAGCCUCGGUGGCACCGGUUGCCCCCUUUCCUGGCCCAUCUCGUGA